AUUCUAGCUCCUGUUUGCAUCGGCGAUCGAUUGUUGUUGACUGGGGAUUGAGCUAGUCGUUUAACCAAAGCUGAAAGAAACUGAUGAUAAAUUAUAACUGGCUCUUUAUACCACUAGUUGUGGCCUUUGGCAGGAUGUUAGAAUGGCAAGUGGCCCUGGCUUGCCGGACAGUCUGGUGCUGGAAAUCUUCCUGCAUCUCCCUCAUAAGGCAGUGUUGAGUGCUGGACUCACUUGCUGUCAGUGGUUUGCAGUGUCUCGGGAUGAGUUCCUCUGGAAGGAGCUCUUCUACAGCUACUAUCGCAUCCCACGCACUGUGCCUCGGCACCCAGCGGCUGUGUCGUGGUACAGGGAGUUCAAGAGGCUGUAUGACUGCAUCCCCUGUGUAGAGGUUCAGACUUUAAAGGAGCAUCAUGAUCAGGUCCUGCAUUUGGCCUUCUCUCACCGUGGCCAUCGCUUCUCCUCCUGUUCCAAAGACUGCACUGUUAAGCUUUGGAACACCGAGCAGUCCGAUGGCACCAUCUCUUUGGUUCACAGCUGCAGCAUGCGACAGUAUAACUGGGGCUACACUCAGUUCUCUCAGUUUAACGCUGAUGACACACUCCUGCUGGUGUCAGGGGUCUACCUGGGCCCACAUCACUCCUCUGCUGGAGAGAUUGCAGUCUUCAGUUUGGACAACUACACUCUGCUGUCCCGUGUGAGAAAUAAGCCCUAUGAUGUGUUUGGCUGCUGGCUGAAUGAGACUCACCUUAUUUCUGGUAACCUGCAUUGGAUUGGCAACAUGACUUCCUGCUCGGUGCUCUGGCUCAACAAUGCCUUCCAGGGCAUUGAGUCAGAAAACGUGAACGUGGUGAAGCGUCUCUUUAAAAUCCAAAACAUAAAUGCCAGCACCAUCCGCACUGUAAUGGUGGCCCACUGCCGUCGACACGACUCCCCUGACCUUCUUUUGGACUAUGAAGCCCAGGCCCAGCGGACGCAGCAGCACCAGCCUCUCUUCUUUGAUCUGGGAAAUACAGACAGUGAAGAGGAGGGUGAAGAUGAUGCAGAAGAGGAGCGAGGAGAAAAAAGAAUUGCAGCACAUCUGCCCUCAUUGAAACCAUCUGGGCUUCAUCAUGUUUUACAUAGUUGUCAGAGCAUAGCCACUCGUGAGCGGGAGUUAGAGACGAAGGUGGCCAGGCUGAUGGGCAGCAGACGCACCAAAGCUCCGGAACUAAAUGUGGUGUCUCCCUCAUCUGUCGGAGAAGGAGAGGACAUGACCUAUCUGCUCUUCACCACUGGCAGCCUCACAUAUUCCCCUCACCAAAUAGGUAUCAAACGGAUUAUGCCUGAUCAAAUGACAACGUGUGGUCCUGUAUUGGGUGAGGAGCGCAGUUCUGAGGAAUUCUUUGACUCGCUGGAUCAUGUGAUUGACAUACACGGUCACAUCAUCGGCAUGGGUCUGUCACCUGACCAUAGGUACUUGUAUGUGAACAGUCGAGCAUGGCCAGCGGGCUGUGUGAUCUCCGACCCCAUGUCCCCUCCACCAAUCGCUGAGGAGAUUGAUCUGCAUGUGAUUGAUCUUAAGAGUCUGAGGGAGGAACGCCGCAGCCUUCGAGCUCACCGGGCCUUCACACCUAAUGAUGAGUGUUUCUUUAUCUUCCUCGACGUCAGCAGAGACUUUGUUGCCAGUGGUGCAGAGGACAAGCACGGUUACAUCUGGGACAGACACUACAAUAUCUGCCUAGCGCGCCUGCAACACGAUGACGUGGUCAACUCAGUGGCCUUCAGUCCAGCAGACCAGGAGCUGCUGCUUUCUGCCAGCGAUGACUCCACCAUCAAAGUGUGGCGGUCACCACGCAUGGUGCGCCUCAGCCAGGCCCCCCGACCCCCAUCCCGCGCUCACAAACUGCUUUCCUCCUUGCUCGGCCACAGAAGUAUUAACGUAAACGGUAAGCCCUGACCAUCACACUGGCGCAUUUAUAACAAAAACCUAGAGACUGACACUCCCUGAGCAGAGAAGGUCAUGCGUGAGGUCAAGAAUGGGAGGAUGGGGAGGAGGAAGACACUUAGUGGCACUACUAAAGAAUGUACUGUGAUCUACCAGAUCCCUGAAAGAUGAAUAGAGAAUCAGUUUUUUGUUUUAUUUAACGUCACCUCAAAUGGACAUGAAACAUGGAAGGUGAACUUCAAUAAGAUGUGACUUCAAGAGCAAAGAAACAAGAAUAUUAUAUGAUGAUAUAUUAUGGUUCGUUUUACAACUCCCCUAAUGUUAGACAGUUGAGUUUGAAUCCAUUCAGCCGAUUUCUGGGUCUUCUUAGUCGAUAUGGCUAUUCUCUCUCUAGGAACCUUGCGCUAAAGUUCCCAGCAAUAACUAUCGAGAAAAUAGCAACUUUUCAUUUUCUGUCAAUCUUAGUAAACAAUGAAAUUACAGAAAAUUCAAGCUUCAAAUAGGAAAAUUAUUGACAGUUUUUGAGCGAGAUGCUGACGGUCUAAUCUGAUUCAAUGUUCUAAGCUAAGCUAAACAUGCUCCUCGCCAGACCAGAGAUCAGCUGAAUAGAUUCAACAAUGGUAAUACUCUAGGGGAGCUGAAAAAUGAGCCAUAAUAUAAUAAAUUAAUAAUUUCCCCCAAAAAAGUAGAGCGUUGCUUUAAAGGGGAAGUGAAGCACAAGUUUACAUUAUUUUGUACAUUGGUUUCCACUUUAAUGAAAAUAUAUUAAACAAACUCGAUUAAUAAAACCAUUUAGCAGAAAACGGCAUGUUUUACUAUAGUUAUUAAACCUAGGCUGCCGCCAUCUUGGAAUAUCAUUGUGUCUGACGUCAUGGGGUUGGUUCCGUUCCCACAGCUGAACAGAUACAGUGGAAAUAAUGGACUGAACACGGAAACUGUAAAGCCUAAUUUAAUGCAAUGCGUGAAGUUGUGGAUGUGGAGCUGCUGCAAAUACAAACAUCAGAUGUGUGUCUAAUAUAAAAGUAUAUUUAUUCUAUUUUUACUCUUUUAAUUACUGAUCAUUUGAUGCGCUUUGAUCCAUUCUCUGUAUUCCGCUGCCUGUCUGGGUUUGAACAAUGUUGAGCGAUCGAGCUGAUCGACUUUAAGAGGGAAUAUGUCUUGAAAUAAUCCACAGAGAUGUGACUUAGUAAAGCGUGAAGGUAUGUAUCAUUUUAAUCAUUGCAUUAGUCUGAAAGUAAAUCCCCUCGUCAGGCAGCGCUGGAGCAGCAUGAGAGAGUGGACCACAGCGCAUCAAACGAAAGAUAUUAACAAUAGAAAAAUACACAACUUAAGACACUUAAAUGCUUGUAUUUGUUGUAUUUGCACCAGCUCUGUGAUGCCCGUCCACAACUUCAUGCAUUGGGUUAAAUUAGGCUGUCCAGUCUCUGUGUACAAUCAUGGUUGAAACCCAGACAGGCAGUCAGGCAUUGUAAUACAGAGAAUAGAGCAAAGCGCAUCAAAUGAUCAGUAAUUUAAAGUGAAAAAAAUAAUAAAUAUAUAUACUUUUAUAUUAGACACACAUCUGAUGCUUGUAUUUUUGCAGCAGCUCCACAUUCACAACUUCACCCAUUGCGUUAAAUUAGGCUUUACAGUCUCCGUGUUCAGUCCAUUACUUUCACUGCAUCUGUUCAGCUGAGGGAACAGAACUAACCCCGUGACGUCAGACAGCAACAUUCCAAGAAGGCGGUACCCUAGGUGUAAAAUCUAUAGUAAAACAUGCCGUUUUCUGCUAAAUGGUUACAUCGAGUUUGUUUAAUAUAUUUUCAUUAAAAAGGAAUCCAGUGUACAAAAUAAUGUAAACUUGACUGAGUGCUUCAUUUCCCCUUUAAGUUUAUUUUCACACAUGUGUGCAGUUGUUAAAACUAGUUAACUGUUUUGGUUGCGUGAGCAUGUCUGCACAUUUUUAAAGUUUUUUUUUUCCUCAGCACCUUGUGUAAUAGGUGUUACUAAAAUACUUGAUGGUCUGAAGAACAAGAAUGUGAUCAAAUCAUUUAAAUAUUCACUAAUGGGAAAACAAAACUACAGAGGAACAAUGAUGGGUCAUUUGUGUUGAUCUUUGGUUCAGUUUGACAGGCUACAGAAUGACAAUGCAAGUGUUUACAUCUGAGGUUCUCCAUCUAUGCCUUUAUUAAUAAAAUCAGUUGUGUAUUUUGGCAUACAGGUGUUAUAUUGAAAAUUCCAAAGACAGUAAAAGCCUUCUUGUUGAACGUUCAGUGCUUUAUACAAUCAUUCUGUUUUAACAAUGCACCAUUGCUACACUUCUGUUAUGGUGGCAGGUUUAUUUUUAUAAUUAAAGGGAUAGUUCAGCCAAUUGUCAUUUAUUUUCCCUCGUGUGGUUUUAAACCAUUGUGUUGAACACAAAAGAAGAAAGUUCAACUGAAAGAAUAGGUUUUGAAAAAGUGAAGGGUAACAAUUUUUGCAGAUUGAAUUGUCAAAAUGACCAAAUACCAGAAGAAAAGCUCUGGUUGACUGCACACUAUUACCUUCUCCAUGAUCAAUUUUAUACAACUUAAUGUCUCUGACUGUUACUGAACGCAAAAUAUCAGGAUGUUUUGCUACACCCAGAGGCAUGUUUAAAAGGAUAGUUCACCAAAAAUUUUAAUUAACCCACUAUUUAAUCCAAGAAAGCUGAAAACCUGUAACCAUUGAUUUUUGUAGUAGGAAAAACCGAUACUAUGGAAGUCGAUGGUUACAGGUUUCCAGCUUUCUUCAAAACAUCUUCUUUUGUGUUCAACAGUAGGAAAAAUGGAGCUACUAAAGGGUAAGUAAUGGCAAAAUUGAACGUUUUGGGUGAACUAACCCUUUAACUCACACUUUACCAGUCGUAAAUAUUCAGCAAAGGUGCUCGUUUGUUAUUAUCUCUGAUGUCAUGAAAUGCACCCCCUAUACAUAAAGCUCAUCUGUAAACUGGUCAAUCUGUUACUCGUGUGUAAGUGUGUUUGUGUGAUGGCUUAUUGUUGGUUUCAUUUUGAUUCCUUAAGUUAUGUCUGAUCUCUUGGAACAAUUCAGUUUGUGUUUAGUUUCCUGCAUUUGUCUGUGCGGUCGUAAGUACAUCCGUUUUGCUUUAAUGGACCUGGUUCUCUGAGCUUGUGAAUCUGAUUUUCCCAGCCGACCUUUGCUUGUUCGCCAUCGUUAGAUUUUGUAGAAUUGUGAAAUGUGUAAAAUUGAUUUGAUCUAUUAAACGUUUUUCUUUUAUCAGA